AAGCGACAACUAUGAACUGCUAGUGGACAUCAAACUGAUACAGUGAACGACACAAACCUUCUCCAAAAAUGAGUCGUCAUCCAGAAGUUCUUUGGGCUCAACGAUCGGAGAAAGUUUACUUAACCAUAUCAUUGCCUGAUGCUAAAGACGUAUCGUUGAAAUGUGAGCCAAAUGGUGUUUUUAAUUUCUCUGCUGUUGGUGUUCAUGGCGAUCCCUUCUCCGUUACUCUCCAACUCUAUGGGAAUAUUUCCCCUGAGCGCUGUAAAACUAAUAUUGGGUUGAGAAAUAUCAUCUGCUCAAUCCAAAAGGAGCAAAAAGGCUGGUGGCCAAGAUUAUUGAAGACUGAAGAGAAGCCCGCUCCAUACCUCAAGGUCGAUUGGAACAAAUGGUGUGAUGAAGAUGACGAAGAAUAUUCGGACUCUGAUGAUGAUGGUGUUGUGUACACCGGAGAAGAUGAUGAGGAGAGCAGCGAUGAUGGAGGAAUGCUCUAUCUUCCAGACCUGGAAAAGGCUAGGGGAAAUUAAAACUUUGAAAAAAGGCUGAUCAUCAGAGGUGUUUAGGAUUUAGUAGUAUUUUAGGAAACCAAAUAUAAUGACUUUCUUGCUGAAGUAUUCUGAUGUAUAGAGGUUGUUUGAAGACUGAUAUUAAGCCAUGUGUUUGAUCUAUUUUCACCUUAUGAGGC